AUGUCGUCCACAAGGUUCGGUACCGCCAUCGCCGUCGCGGCGGUGCUGCUAUGCAGCCACUUGAUGACUUCCGCGAUCGCGCAUCCUACCGCUGACAACUCCGUGCAGACAGAAAAUGACUUGCUGGACUCCAUCUACAGUGACUGCCUACGUAAGGACUCGAUGUCUUGUCUCAAAUACAAGAUCUUCAACUUCGUCGACAAGAUGUUGGGACACAAGGAUACCAUCACAGUUACCGAGGGAGUGCAAAUUGUGAAGACCGGUGAAAAAGAUGGUGCACCUCGAGCUAUUUCCGGAGACGACACGAUCGAAACAGUGUUAUUCAACAGAAUUGCCAACUUCCUGGAUACCCACACCAUCAAGGUCGACAUCAAGGGUAGUGAAAUUGUGAACGCAGUGAGCUCUACCGCGCGAUCGCUCAACGAAGUAGCUGAAACGCUUACUGAGGAAGAAAUUGAAGAUGAAAGGAACUUUUUGGAAGAAGGCAGGGGUAAGAAGAAGAAGGCUAACCGUAUCCUGGGUCCUUUGAUGGCAGCCAUCAUGCUCAAAGGUGCAGUGAUGGGAAAACUUGCUCUAGCUGCCAUUGCUAUGAUCGCAGGUAAAGCCCUUCUGGUUGGCAAGAUUGCUUUAGUCCUCUCCGCAAUCAUUGGUCUGAAAAAACUGCUUGGUCAACAAGGCAAGCACGUGACGUACGAGGUAGUUGCUCAUCCACAACACAGUUCGAGUCAUAUCUCAACUCACGAAACUGCAUACGCUGGAAGCUCAGGCGGCGGUUAUGGAGGUGACGUCGGGUACUCAGGAGGGUCAUCCGGCCAUGGAGGUUGGGGUAGGUCCUUGGAUGCGCAAAACCUCGCUUACAGAGGUCAACCACAAGCACAGUCGUGA